GUGAAGGAAGGAAUGCUUAGGAUAGAGCAGUGGGGAGGAAAAGAGCAGGAGGGGAGCUGGGGAUACUGGGUUCUGCAGGAGGAAUCCCCCCCUCUGUCUGUAAUUAUAUAUACCUCCUGUCUAUACAGUAACGUGCUUCAUUUCUUUCCUUUUAGUAUCUGUGCUGCUUUCACAAAUCCCCUGCCUUUCUCUGUGAGCUCCCGUAUACAUCUCCUACUUUAUUCCAUACUACUUUCCCCACACUUGCCUUCAUCUUUCCACUGUCCUAUACUUACCACAACUAUCAUCUUCAUUUUAUCAAUAUUUUCCCUCUAGCACCUUUUUUGCAGCUUUUUUCCCCUGACUUAUUCUUUCUGAUUCUCUGCAUCACUUCUAACUCUAAAAUGGGGACAGCUAUUUGUCAAGAUGGGGAGCUAGAUUUCCGCCUGAUUUUUGGCGAGGAAGACUCGGACUCUCCAUCACCCAGGAGUACUCUGCACACGACUGAUCUGGAAUCUGAAGACCAUUUGCUAGGCAAUGAUGUGAUAUCAGACUCCCUGACUCUUAAUCCACCCAACAGCAGUGUCACUGGUGAAGUAGGUGGCGGAAUGGUAUGUGUUACUAGGGCAGGUAUGCACUCACCACCUCCCAGACGUGCCUCAGAUCAUGAUCUAAAUGGAACAUUCAUCAGCCAACCAUCCCGUUUCAUUCCACUAGGAGGAUCACGUUUCCUAGAAUGUCCCAGUAUACGUAUCACAAGUGAUUCGCCUUCAAAUAGUGAUGGAGAACAGGAAGAGCAAGGUAGGAGUGAUAUUUGGGAUGACAGGCCACAACGUGAUCAACUAUUUCUCCCUCCAGAUCCCUUUUGUUAUCGGGACUCUUUCCUUAGCCCUAGCCCAGCAAGUAGCCAUUCUUCAUGGAGUUUUCUUUCCUCUGAGGCCUCUUCAUGUGACUCUCUGGGACAAAUGUGUGAAGAAGUUGAAAGAGAGUUAAAUGAAGCUGCUUCACGAUUCACACUAGCUUCUCCACUUGGUUCCCCAAGGGGCUCCCCGAAACCUUGGGGUGGUCACAAUGAUGAAUUUUGGCCAACUGGCCCAAUUUCAGGUCCUCCGCAUUCAUCCCGUGAAGAGUUAUUGUCACCAUAUCCAUCCGGCCAAGUUUCAAGGCCGACCUCACCUUGCGGUAAGAGGAGAUACUCAAACUCAAAUGAAGAUGGUAUCCACCAAACCAGCUCACCUUCCCCUUCUCCCUCACGCAGGGGAAGUUUGGGUGAUGAAAACCUGACUUCAGAAGCAGAGGCUUCCCCCAAGCCCUCUGAGCAUAGCCAACAAACAAUAUCAACUUCACUGGAAAGAGGAGAUAACAUUCCACAAAAGGCCAGAAGGACCUCAGCAGAACAAAGUGUAGCCCCAGUUAGGCCUGAGGAAGCCACGAGCCCUGUGAAAGCUUUUUCAUCAGCAGUACCUGUGUGUGCAAGUGAUGACAAUACCGGGAUGUUCCCACAGAGCAGAAAAGAAAAUGUGGGAAUGGAUUAUUUGGCUGUGCCUUCAGCUUUGGCCUGGUCCAAAGCGAGAGUUGGAGGGCAAAGCCCAGUUUUCAGGUCGUCGUCUCUACCGCCUCUUGACUGGCCAUUGCCCUGCCAGUAUGAGGGUCUAGAACUGAGAAUAGAAGUGCAACCAAGAACACAUCAUCGAGCUCAUUAUGAAACAGAAGGUAGUCGCGGGGCAGUGAAGGCUUCACCUGGGGGACAUCCUGUGGUCAAGCUUUUAGGAUACAAUGAGAAACCACUUACCCUUCAGAUGUUUAUCGGCACAGCAGAUGAGCGCAACCUGAGACCUCAUGCCUUUUAUCAAGUUCAUCGGAUUACAGGGAAAAUGGUGGCUACACCCAGUUAUGAAGCUCUAGUGGGAAGCACCAAAGUUCUGGAAAUGUCUCUUCUCUCCGAAAACAACAUGUGUGCCAAUAUAGACUGCGCUGGAAUUCUGAAGCUGCGGAAUUCAGACAUCGAACUCAGGAAGGGUGAGACAGACAUUGGGCGCAAGAACACACGUGUUCGCCUCGUGUUCCGAGUGCAUAUUCCACAGGGAGGCGGAAAAGGCAUCUCUCUACAAGUGGCUUCUAUUCCUAUAGAGUGCUCUCAACGUUCUGCUCAGGAGCUCCCUCAAGUGGAGAAUUACAGCCUCAGCGCAUGCUCAGUGAGCGGUCGGGAGGAGCUGCUGCUGUGCGGUUCCAACUUCCUUUCUGACUCCAAAGUGAUCUUCCUAGAGAAGGGUCCAGAUGGAAAACUGCAGUGGGAGGAGGAAGCAAAAGUAAAUAGACUGAAGAGCAAUGAGUCCCUGUUGUCUGUGCAAGUCCCAGAAUACUGUAAUAAGGAGAUCACACGCCCCCUACAGGUCUAUUUCUACAUCUCUAAUGGGCGUAGGAAGAGAAGCCCCAUGCAGAGCUUUCGGUACUUACCAAUCAUAUUUAAGGAGGAGCCCCUUCCUGAAAUGGCCUUACACAGGCCCUACACUUCUGUUUCUCUCACUCCUCCGUGUCACUUACCUUUAGACCCUGGUCAGAUGGAACUGUCCACAUCUUUUGUGUCCCCUCUAACACCAAAUUUGUCUGAAACCCCUAUGGAGGUAUCGCCUUACUACACUUCUCCACACCAAGAAAGGAUGUUUCCGGGUGCUCCUGAUUGCAGCGUUGCUAAUACUUCCUAUUUGGGGUGUUACUUUAAUCCACCUGAAUUUAAAUGUCCCCCAUCCUACCCUGAAAAUGGUAGUGAUGUGUCUCUAACGUUACCCUUUCAAUCAAACACUAGCUCUGCACUUCCACCCAGCCCAGUUCCAUGGUCCCCACAGCCUUGCUCAUCACAUCCCUCAUGUUCAACGACAUUUGGUGGAUCUAUGCUUUCCCAUUUAAAUUCACCUAACAAGCUGGAGGAGAGAGCAGCAGGAUCUCUUCAAAGCUACCCAUCUUCUCCCAUUUUGCCAAGUUUAGAAUUUGAUAGUCCUACACAUCAUUUUGUCAACAGCUAUCAGCAGUACCCAGAUUGUGCUCCUCCCACAUACACCACAUUAGGUGAGGUUGACAGCCUGGAUACAAUGCAAUCUGACCAUUCUUCCACAUCUCCACAAGUUACCAGAACACUCUCUAAUCACCCUUCCAACCCUCCACAGUCCAAAAUAGAAGAUGCUGGAUCAGUCGGUCAUUCCAUGUUUUCUACCCCCACAUCCAGUUUGCCUUUGUCUAAGGAGGAUAAUGUCCCCCAAGCAUUUCCUACCAACUACCAAAACCUGUCCACCUGUAGUACAAUCCAACUCACAACCCUCUGUCCAUCCACACAACCUUCUCCUUUCUCCUCCCCUCCUUCUCCAGUUAUUCCUAGUGCUCCAGGUUCUAAUGAGGAGGUAGCCUUGUGUACUACAAUGGCUGUGCCAGCAAAUCCAAAUGAGAAAGAUGCCUGUUACCAGGAACCUUCAGAAAAGUAUGGCAAAUCUGCCAACAGCAAGGGAGGUGAUGUGGGAAAGGAGGAUGGCCAAGGUUUUGAAAGCCCUUUCCAUUCAAUACCAAUCCAGGGGAUAACACUGGAAGAAGUGAGUGAAUUUAUAGGUCAAGACAUGAACAGUUUUCCAGGGCAGCAUCAAAAUGAAAACAUGACUUGCAAUUAAGAAAAACAUUGACCAAUAGGCAUCGAAUUCUGAAACCUAUGUAUAACCAAGGACCAGCAGAAGACCAAUAGUUCAUUUACAUUUUUCAGAAGGAUACAUGGUCAAGCUGGUCAUUAUGUUACUGGGAAGUGUUGUCGACAAAAAUCUGUUCUGAGUUUUUCUGUUGUCCUAUAAUGAAGAUAAAUUAUUUAAACUCCAGAUACUAUGCAACAUUACCAUUUAUCUGUGUAGCAGGGUGUAAAGGUAAUUGAUUAACUCUUUCGUCCAAGGUCUAUUAUGAUGUGACAGCAAUGAUGCUCACUAUGAACUUCCAUUGUGUCUUGAAAUCAGAAAUGUUCCAGUAUUAAUAAGGACUCCACUGAAAUGGAAGGUCCACCCUUAUAAAGUCCUCCUAGUCUCUCUUGGUAAAAGUUUGGUGAACCGGAGAACUGGAGCCAACAGUAAUUAUCAACUGAGCAUGUAUAUUGUAAACGCGCCGCUGAUUGGACAGGUGCAGUAACCAUCUAAUCAGGUACAGCAUGUGGAUCUCACUCUUACUGAAAGCUGAUUGGAUUCCUCCAGCAUCUGUGGGGCACAGGAAAUGAUUGCAGUGGCAUUUGGCGGUAAUGUGGGCAUUCAUGGGGAAUGGAUGCCAACAAACACUUCUAUACGAAAAUAGGAUUCCUUAGGAGAAAACUCCAUUUUGAGUGGGGUUCUCCCUUGCAAAAUGUAUGCAGGUUUUUUUUUUAUUUCUUAUGUAUUUAAAUAAGUUAACAGGGAGCACACUGAUAAAUGCUGCAGAGAAGAUCUUGGUGGAGCCACUCUGACCUAAGCAGUUUAUACAUAUCCUUUUGGCCAACCACUGGAGAUUUGGAUGCAUGGCAGAUUUGGUUACAUUCUAUGGCCAGGCCCAGGCCAAUCACAUGACUGAUUGUUUCAUCAGAAAUAAAAUGGCUGUAAAGAAAUUCCUUUUUCUGUCCAGCAGAUGCUGCUAUACAGUACAUGCACAUAUGUAGCAGCUGACUAGAGUUUCCAUCAUGUUCAGUCCAUUCUAGUUGGCUAAAAUCACAUUUUGGAUGGACAGGAUGGUUUCCAUUUAGCAUCACACAUUAUGAUUACUGCAUUAUCUGGUCUAAAUCAAUUACAUGGCUAACAUGGCUGGUACAUGCACGGCCAGCUGUAUACUUCUCUCCUGCAUGGUGCAGGACAAGUAAGUGGUCCACAUGAGAUGACCGGAUUCCUGGAGACAGCCAUGCUCUAUUCUGGCAUGUACAAUCCACUCUGACAAGUUAGGAUGUAUUUUGUAUCUCUCAGGAAAUAGGUGCCAGUGUCAUUGUCACUAAAUAUGUGUACUACUCAGUGGCCGAUAUAUCAUAUAUCAAUUGAUCUGCAGAUAUAUCUACAAGUGUGUACCCAGCAUAAGUCAUUUCCAUAGUGUUGAUAAAUGAGAAUACAGAAACAAUUUUUAUAACAGUUUAUGGUAUGAUGGAACUGGAGAUAGCAAUAUAUAAUAAUGGAGAUUAUUGCAUGUUACUUGCAAUUGCCAUCAACUUUGGGAGAUCGCUCAAAAUGAGCCACUAAGGUACAUAUAUAGUUAUUGUCAGGUUCUCGACCCGCUGAUUGCGGCAAUAAGAAAUAAAAAGAUUGGCCAAAUGUAUUAAACCACAUGCAAGUAAGGGCUCAGAGAGAAACCUGGCAGUGGAUUGUGGUUGAAGUGAAGUGAUUCCUAAUGCGAUCACUUCACUUCUCCAUUGGAAGCUGGGCCCAGUACUGCACAUACUGUAUGCUGUUAGCUGAUCCCGCAUGUUCAAGUGUUGGGUAAAAUUCCUGUGGAUCCCUCUCUGAGUCCUGGCACCUUUUGCGGGCUGUAGCCUGUAGGUUGAUGAUGGCAUUAGCUACUGCGGCCAAGAAUUCUGGAGCCUGGUAAAUUUGGCAAUUAAGCAGCACCCAUAGGUUCUCUGUGGGCUGCAUUUGCGAUCGAAAAGUGGGGAUUGCAGCAGAUAGCUCCGAUUUUUUGCUUCGGCCCCCAUAGAUACAUCCAGGGAAUACUGUGUUCUUAGGGGAUAUCCCUCAACUAUUCCUUAAUAAAUAGGCCCCUAAGUUUUAAUCCACUUUCAUUUUCGUAUUUUGAUUUCACUUCUACAUGCACUUUAUAUAGCAUAUAUGUAGAUUCCAUGACUAUAAUAUGACUUCUCAUUUCUCAUCUGACCUAGUUGAGACCAAACCCAAGACUAUAUUAUGUACCUUUCUAACUGUACAUGUGUUUUAAUGCUCUCUUAUAUAAAGGGAGUUAUAUAGUGUAACUGAUAAACUUCCUUGUCACCGUGGUCCAAAAAACUGACAUAAGUAAGUACACACUUCCAUCAUGAAAAGAAAUAUCUCACGGAAGCAUGAAAAUGAGAGAAAAUUAUAUAAAUGCAUACUGUAUAUGAUGUUGCCUCUGCUGAAACGGGGAUGUAGUCAAUAUCCCAGCGGUCGGGAUCCAGGCGUUCAGGAUAUAGACGCUGGGAUUCCGACCGCUGAGAAUGCCGGCAAUGGCGCCAGGACUAUUCCCACAUGUGGGUGUCCACGACACCUGUAGAGUGGGAAUAGAACCUGUGGCGUGCGCCGUAAACCACCGAGCCCGUAGUGUGCCGAGCGCAGCGAGCCCGCAAGGGACUUUCUAGCGCUUACCCCGCAUUCUGACACCCGGGAUCCCGGGGUUGGUAUUCUGAUCUCCGGGAUUACGCCCUCUGGGAUUCCAUCCCCAACCCGAAACAGGAUGGGAGAAUUUAUAGAAGCCAAGAUGAAGCAUCAGACGUGCUGGGAGGUGCACAGAGGUCUUACAAGAGUUUCACAGCACUGUCUAUCCACCUCUGUGUAAUGCAUAAAUCUACCAUAAAUGUGCUUGUCUUAUCCAGUGUAGCACUAACUUAUGCAGAUAUACCUGUAUCUCUGCUCUGAUAAAUGAUUUAUGUAUAUUUAUAUAUCAAUUAUUUUUAUAUAUGCCGGUUUGGCAAUUUGUAAGUUUGUACUUUGCAAUCAAUCCAUUAAAAACAUUUUGAAAGCUCUGCA